AUGACGAACGAAAAUUGUUGUAAAUGUGAUAGUGUUGUUGAAGAUGGAAUUUGCUGCCCAUCCUGCCAAAGUUUCGUACAUCCGAAAUGUGCUGGUUUCACCAAGGACUCGCUGUCAUUAUAUAAAAAAAUGAAAAACUUAAGGUGGUAUUGUGACAACUGCCUGAGCUAUGUCGAUGAUGUUAAAGGGAUUUCCAAGUUGAUAAAUGAUAAACAUGUGGCAUUAGAUAUGGAAUUGAAGAAGAUUUCUGAAUCUGGGGACAUUUUAAGGAAUGACAUAGAGCAGUUGAGGAUCGCAGUCGAUAAUAGUAAAGGAAAAUUGGAUCAGGUUGCUAGUGUUGAUUCAUUGAAAAGUGAAAUUAAUGCUAAGUGGUCUGAGGUACUUGUGAUGAAUAAACUGUUUAAAAUUAAAUUGCUUGACGAUAAAUUGAAAAGUAUUAGAAUAAGUCAUGAUAUGACCCGUGAACAACGAACUGAUUAUCGUAAACUGGUUGAUGAGGCUAAAAGUAAAGAGGCUGAUGAUGGGGAAGAUUUUUUAUACCGCGUCAGGGGUCCGGUGGGUCGCUGGAAGAUUGUGAGGUUUCUCAAAAAAGGAAAAUAA